CCAGGGUCUCGGGUACACACUGCCCAAGCAAGCGACGGGAGAAGGAGCCUCGGGAAACUCUUGGGACGCCUGUGUGUGUGUGAACCUGGCUGUGUCCCACAGGGUGCUUCAUGAGUAACCACAGGGAAAAAUCCACCUCAGGAAUGAGAAGCUGGAAAAUGAGGAUUUUCCUGGUUUGGACUCUUUUCCCAGGUGGCUGGGCGGUGACGGGACCCGUGCAGGUGACGGCCGAGCAGGGCAGCUCACUGGCUGUGUCCUGCAGCUACGAGCAGGGCUACGAGCUCUACCCCAAGUAUUGGUGCCGCCCGAAGUUCCUCUGGUUUUGCUUCACCUACAUUGCCCAAACCAACGGCUCGGAGGGGACGAUGACACAGGGCAGGGUGUCCAUCAGGGACAACCACAUCGCACGCUCAUUCAUGGUGACGCUGGGCCAUGUCACGCCGGGGGACGCAGGCUGGUACUCGUGUAGGGUGAGGAGGAGCCUGUGGUUCAGCCUGGGGCACAACACCGAGGUGAUGGUCUCUGCAGGUAAAGCCAGGCUGGGAGCGAAGCAGGGGGCAUGUGGUGGAGCCUGUCACUUGGGACAGAGCUCUGGGGACAGGGCCUCCCCAGGCAGGGGGACACAGGGGUUGUCAAAGCGGGAACAAGGUCUUUGCAGGCACCGAGAGCCACUGGGGGCCGCCCCAGUGCAGAUGUGGAUGAGGGACGGAGGAGGCUGUAGGGAGCUUCGUGCAGAGCUCCCGUUCAGGGUCUCUGCUUCCACAAGCCCAUCCUUUGGGGUUUCCAGUCCCUCCCAGUUAAAGCCCCCUUUUCCUUCUUCCUCCUCCCCAGUGCCCAGUGCAUUGCCUGGGGACACCCAUCUCCACCUUCUGCACCUCCACAGCCAAAGUCUUGGGGCAAAGACCCCCCGAGAAGGGGGCAGGACGGGGUGUGGGGGUCUCCACUUUGCUCGGACUCUUUCUGUUUUCUUCACAGCUGUUUCAACCACAAGCGAGGGCAGCAAUGUGAGCCCACUGGCCACCAACACCCUGUGCCCCAUGGGCUGUGGGGAGCCUCCAGUGCUGUCCCAGCUUGGCAUCACCCACCUGCUGCUCUUCCUUGGUGCGAAGUUAUCUGUGGCACUGGUCCUGGUGUGCGGGGCCGCCUGGGUGAGAUGCCGGCGCAGGAACCACGACCAGGAACACCUGCAGCUCCUCAAGGAGGCAGACAGCACCAGGGCACCGGGUGGCCCCCUCACCCCAGAGCCACAGGGACACCCUCCUGCGCCCUUUCCCCCGACCCUGCCGGCACUGCACCAACCCUCACGGCCACCCCGCACCGGGAGCUGCUUGGCACUGGGUCCUCCUCCUCCUGUGAAACCUUCGCCCCUCCUGGCAGCCCCUGAGUUGGAGGGGGGAGAGUUUGGGGUGCAGAGAGCCUACAUCUGCUGAGCUGGAGCUGCCAAAUGAAGACAAUUUUGCAAUAAAGCCUGGGUAUCCUGCA